UGAGUUUCUUCUUUCUCAACUUUUUUCUCUGCUCAUAGACAGCUUUGAGCUUCUACUAUUUCAAGUCAAAGAUAUAUACUCCUCUUUUGCGUCUCAGUUUCUACAGAGUUUGUGGCAUAAAGAGUGUAUAUAAUGGCUGGGGGAUCAAAGAGGUCUAAAAGAGCAAGACUUAAUGACAGUGAAUCAGAAGACAGAAGCGAACAAGAAAACCUCAACGUCAAAAGCGUGAACGAAGAUUAUGAAUUAUCCAAUGAGAUUGAGGAUGAUGAAGUAGAUAGCGAGGAAGAUAAUGAGGGAGAGAGUGAAGACGAUGACAAAGGAGAUAGUGACGAAGAUUCUGAAGAAGGAGAUAGUGAGGAAGAUGCUGAAGAAGUAGAUAGUGAGGAAGAUGCUGAAGAAGAUAACAAGGAAGAUGAGGAUGGAGAAAGCGAGGAAUUUGAAGAUGGAAAUGAUAUAGAAAGUGAGAGUGGCGAUGAAGGUAAUGAUGACAGUAAAGAUACCGAGAUGAAAGAUCUUGAGAAAGAGUACAUUGAGCUUCGUUCACAAGAGCAGGAUAUACUGAAGAACCUGAAGCGUGAUAAGGGUGAGGAUGCUGUAAAAGGUCAAGCCGUGAAGAACCAGAAGGCUCUUUGGGAUAAAACUCUGGAGGUCAGAUUCUUACUUCAGAAAGCAUUUAAUAGUUCAAACAGAUUGCCACAGGAGCCUGUAAAAUCGUCAUUUUGUUCGGAAGAUGAGAAUGUCUUGGCAGCAUAUACAGAUCUACUUACUUCAUCUGAGAAGACAUUAAAUUCCCUCUUGGAGUUGCAAGAGGCUUUGCUUGAGAAGAACUCCUCUGUUGAUCAACAAGUGAAUAGAACAGUUAGUGCAGAAUCCAAUAAAUCAGAUGCAGAAGAUAGCGAUGAAUGGCAACGAAUAUCUAACUUGCAGCAAAGAAUGUCUGUAUUCCGAAACAAAGCUGUGGACAAAUGGCAGAGAAGAACGCAAGUCACGACCGGUGCAGCUGCUAUUAAAGGAAAGCUCCACGCCUUUAACCAGAACGUUAGUGAACAAGUUGCUUCAUACAUGAGGGAUCCAAGUAGAAUGAUCAAACAAAUGCAACAGUCAAGAUCUACUGUUGAUAUUUUUGGAACAGUCCCUGGGGAAGCCAUGGAACCAACUCAAGAGGGAAAACAACUUGAAGGAGACCCUGAACUGAUAGAAGAUGCUGAAUUCUAUCAGCAGUUACUGAAGGAGUUCAUUGAGACCAUUGAUCCAGCUUCCUCGGAGGCGGCUUACUAUGCGAUGAAGAAGUUUCAGACGAAGAAAAGGAAAGUUGUGGACCGGCGUGCCUCUAAGAGCAGAAAGAUCAGGUAUAAUGUUCAUGAGAAGAUUGUCAACUUCAUGGCACCACGACCAGCAAAGAUACCUCCAAACACUGCGGAUUUGCUGAAAAAUCUGUUCGGUCUGAAGACCAGAAACGCUCUCUCUGAAGCAUAAAAGUUUUAAACAAACCCGCAAUUUUGAAACGCAAGAAAAUAUGACUUUUUACUUUGUGGUGUGUGUUGUAUUACAAAUAUCGACAUCGUUUCUUAUUGAAAGCCAUAUUUUAAAGCAUCUAAGUUCAUCUGCUC